UGAGGUUAUUCCGUCUUAAAUCCUAAAUUCCUAAAUCGCUUCUCAACGAUUUUAGGAAGUACAUAGUAUAUACUUCCACCGGAUUUUACUCUUUAAAUGGAUUUGCACCAUCUUCAGUAUUAAAAUGAAUUGUGGAAAGUCGGAACUUGAAGCUUUAAGUACCUGUCCAGAAUACACACCCCUCCCACGUCCCUCACAUGACGUAGGGUCGAUAAGUUCAGCGCCCAGAGAAUUGAGCGACGGGGAGAUAGAGGAUGAUGAUGAUGAUGACGACAAGAUAAAUCUCAUGCGCAAAAGUUCAGAUGACAGCGAUUGUGAUUUACCUCUGAAAAGACCCAGACCAGCUCCCCAGCCCCGCCGCAUGGAUGCACAAAAUGGUCAUGCGGCUUCAAGCAGGCCGAGGAAAAAGUAUGACAUCUGGUCAACCAGUCUCCAGGAACAGGCCGUUUUAGAAGAGUUCAACAAGUGUGAUGUUCAAAAUGUUGAUCGCAGCCGUGCUGUCGAGUCCUACUUUGUAAGUUCAGAAGCGCAGUCAACAGAAGAUUUUCCGAACGAGGAAUCGGACAUUGAAAAAACUGAGGAAAAUCUGAGGAUAAUUGCUUCAGAAUUGUUGGAAACAGUACCGAAUAACGAAAGGAAAAGGAAAGCAAUAAAGCGGAAGAAGGACCUGUCCAGGAGAGGGAACUACUAUGAGGAUGAAGACUUAAAUAUAGUACCUAGGUACCUGCCUGAUUUGGCCAAAACAGCCAAUGAUUCAGAGGAGGACCUCGCCCAAGACCUAGCUAAUAAAUUGUUUGAAACCAAAGAUGAACUUGUUCGAAAGGUAGUAAAUGUCAUAGGCAAAGAAAGAGCAAUCAAAUUUUUUCAUGAAACGCAAAAUAUUGAAGAAGAAGGUGGCAUGCAGAUUAAAAAUCAAACGCGACGCAGAACUCCAGGGGGUGUGUAUUUCUUUUUGGUGAAAUUGUCUUGCUCACCAGAGGAAAACAAAAUUUUGUUCUCUGAUGAUAGAUGUCAUCAAUCGAGAAAGAGGAAGAAACUGAAAGUGCAAAAUAGGAAAGCUGUUGACAAAAAGUGUGAGGACCAAGCGAAAAUUGAUCAACAGAAGUUAAAUGACAAUCUCCACAAAGAGUUGCCUAAUCUUUUGAAAGCUGAUUUAUCUCUGAAGCAUUUGUCGCAUGAAGAAAGAGAUGUUCCAAGCCCUCCUCCUUCUCCGGUCAUGGAAAGUCUCAAUCCUCCACCAUCUCCAGCAAAUGAUGAGACACCACCUUUAACUUCCGCUCUAUCCCGAUCUUCACCAGUUCAAUACGAUGAUCUCCUCACUGUUCAGGCUGACGAAAUGGAACUUGCGUAAAUGCUGUGUUAUUUUUUUCCGACCCCAUAUUUUCGUUCAGUUAUGACUUGUUCUUAUUCAUGCAGAGGUUGGCCUGAAUUUUGACGCUGAGGUCACAGUUUGCUGGCUACUUAAGUAUUACAGAAAACUCUAACCGUAACAAAACUUAAAAAAAAACAAGGGGGAAUAAAUUGGUCAGAGAGAAUCCGUGCUGCUACUUUGAAAUAUUGAUGGUGAAAGCCCCAAAUAAUGUACCUUGUUUGCAAUGUUCAUAACUCUCUAUGUCUAUUUUAAUUUUUCAAAGAAGAACAAAUCAAUACCUUUCCUUGAAGCUCUUUCAAAAUUUUCAGAAAAGAAAAGUCAAGGGAGUUUGCUAGAAUUGAUGUUGAGUAGUAUUCUAUUUAAAAAAUAAAGUAUGACAGGAAGUCUGCAACUUUACAAAUCCAAGUACGUAAUUUGGGAGUUUCACGAUCUAUAUACUCUAACUUGAAACCUAUUCCUUUCACUUUCAGAGCAAGGCAGGCUUGAAGUGGCGGAUAGACUAAGGUAAAAACCAUUUCCCCUCACUGUUUUCCCUGUAUGCCAGCACUUAGACAGAUUGGCAGCAAUUUUCUUUUCUAAACUUUUUGAAAAUUUCUAGAGUCUGAAUGGAAAUCGUACUUUUAAUGGUCAAUGUCAUUUUCGAAAAUUUUUCAAAAGCAUCUGAAAUUCGACUUCCCUUCACUUUAAAUUCAUGAAAUGCCAGUUAUAGAAUACUCUUUGUCAAAAAAUACACUUUACAAUUUGGAAAAAUCGAGCCACCUCAAUUAUUAUUUCUUUCUUCGCAAACAGACGUUUAUUUUUUUAAGUGACCUGUUGUCCCAUCCCUUGAAAAAUUAUCUUUGAAAAAACUGAAAUGUGCUGUUCUACAAUGAGCACUCUCCAUUGAUAGUAGUUGUGUAGCGAUAUUGCGGUCGUUAUAAUAAUUUUCAGUUUCUAUUUUUUAUUUUAUUUGGAAUGAACCGAUAAGGAAUGUUGAUUUAAUUAAUUUAUGAUGAAUCAUAUUUUAAAUACUUACUGCCCCCUGUUUUUCCUAAUUACUCUCAUUGAUAUCGGUACUAAUUAUUCCUUUUUCCUGUGAAGCAGCAUCA